AUGCAGCUCGCCGUCUUCUCCGCUAAAUCUUACGACAAGAAGUACCUCACGAGCACCCGAGCGACGGAGCUCGAUAACGCCACUAACAUCGAAGUCGUCUACCACGAAUUCGCCUUAUCCCUCGAAACAGUUCCUCUAGCAAAGGGUGCAAGCGCCGUCUGCGUCUUCGUGAACGAUGAUCUCGGUGCCGACGUGCUAGAGUCGCUACACGCAAGCGGUGUUCGUGCCAUCUUAUUGCGUUGCGCCGGAUACAACAAUGUCGACUUAGAAGCUGCCCAGCGACUAGGCCUUUUCGUCGCCAACGUACCCUCCUACUCCCCCGAGGCCGUCGCCGAAUUCGCCGUUGCCCAAAUCCAGACGCUGAAUCGAAAUACUCACCGGGCCUACAACCGUGUCCGCGAAGGAAACUUCAGCCUCCAGGGACUACUAGGGCGCACUUUGAACGGAAAGACAGUGGGCGUUAUUGGCACGGGUCGCAUCGGUGUGGCAUUCUCCCGAAUCAUGAACGGUUUCGGAUGCCGACUAAUAGCCUACGACGUCUUCGAAAACGACGACUUUAAAAAGUAUGGCACGUACACGGAUCUCGAUACCCUGCUCUCCGAAAGCGACUUCGUUAGUCUACACUGCCCAUUGACGGAGAAGACGCGAUAUAUUAUUAACGACGAGUCGCUGUCGAAGAUGAAGAAGGGAGCUAUGCUAGUAAACACUUCAAGAGGCGGGCUUAUCAACACCAAAGCCGUCAUUGCGGCCUUAAAGAGAAAGCACUUGGGUGGUCUGGCGCUAGACGUGUAUGAGGGCGAAGGGGCGUUGUUCUACAAUGAUCACUCGGGUCAUAUUAUCGAUGAUGACGAGCUUAUGCGUCUAACUACCUUUCAUAACGUACUCGUGUGCGGUCACCAAGCUUUCUUUACGGAGGAAGCGCUGCGAGAAAUUGCCGAGGGUACCAUCCGUAACUUGAGCGAUUUCUUGCAUGACAGACGAUGCAAGAAUGCUCUCGUUCAAGACCAAGCUGGGUCUGAGUUGGUUAAGAGAGGUUCUGUCCCAAUUCGGAUCUAG